CGUACAGUUUCCUGUGAAGAUCUACAUGCAACCUUGCAUGUCAACUGUAAACAAACAAGCCGCUCUAGUUUAGCCAGCCUACCCGUACCCAUAGCUAGCUCUAGUCAUGGAGGCCCGCACCUCUAGCCCAGAGCCAUUGAUAACUGACUCAAGGUCUCCCAGUGUAACAGACACGAGCAGCGAACAGGAGGCCAUUGCCUCCAAGGAGAAGACCCUUGACUCCCCAGCCUCCAAGGAGAGGGCACUUGACUCACCUCUCUCUCAGUCCCCUGCACACACAACCAGAGGGGGGAGGAUUAAGCCUAUCACGCUGUGUGUGUACACGCUGAAGGAGGGCACCAAAUGUACUAUGACCUUUCCCACCGGCCGGAACACCACAGCAGAGCAGAUCACGGAGGAUAUGAUGAAGGAACUGGGCAUGCCCGUUCAACUACAAAAUGUCUUUGGUAUUUGGCUUACCUCAAAGUUCCUACAGCUGCAGUUGAAGCCAUACCACUUACCAUGCAAGCUGUUCAAGAGAUGGAGGGACCUCCUCUCACAGUACACCAACGCCACCUACGAGGAGGUUACAAAAGAUGAGCCAAUUCUGUCCUUUCAACGCAAUGCUUUCUUUGGUCUCAAAGACGAGAGGAAGUUACUGGACCCCAAACUGAAUGCAGCCAAGGCCAUCGACCUUCUCUACCACGAGGCUGUGUUUAACGUGACCAAGUCUCGUUACCCAAUGACCAGAGAUGAGUACCACGAUCUAGCCGGCCUCCAAGCAACUCUAGUGGCCUCCGAAUCAUUUGACCAGAACCCUAAUCCCAGCCACUACCAGAGCUCUCUCUCUAAGUACUACCCCAGCCACAUGGUUCCCGUGGAAACACGCAAACUAGGGAAACUCUUCAAACAAAAGUCUGUCGAGGGUAAAGACACUCCACAACUGUUUGUCAAAAGUAUGAAAGAAGUUUGUACGAAAAAGCUUGAAGCGUAUCAGCUCAAAGUACUGUAUCUUCAGAGGUGUUGGCAGAAGCCCUUCUAUGGAUCUGUGUUCUUCAAGGGCCAAAUAAAGAAGCCGUUUAAACCAGUUCACCUGCUAGUGUACACAGACAAGCUGGUGACCGUGGCCAUUAAUGCUGACUGUCUGCACCUCUUCUCUGUGUCUGCUCAACCAGAGACGCUCCUCUACCUACCGUACGACCUGCUCUCCUGGGAGCUAGCCAUGGCCAGUGAAGAGGGGGAGGACUUGUACUCGUCUCUAUGGCUAGAGUUUGACUCUGUGUUGAACAACGAGGGAGGGGAGGCAGUAAAGGUUGCAAAGAGGAUACAGGUGUUCUCACGUCAGGCCCCAAUGAUGGACGCUAUGAUUGGUCGCUGUGUGGCCGAGAUCAACAAGAAAGAGGAGGAGUUGAGACAGUUGCGACUGCAGCAGGGGAACCAAGAGUUUCUGCCUGAAGUGAGCAUCAAGACCCCGUGUGCUCAGGGGGAAAGCCCCAGAGUACAGAGACAGGAGAGAAACUUCAAGGAGGACAAGCUCGGCUGCGAGGUCUACUCUGAAGAUGGCAGUCAGACCUCCAGUUUUACGAUUUCACGAGUCCUCAAGAGAAAGAAGUCCAAACCCACCCUCCUAGACGCUACCACCGUCUCUAACCCAGCUAAUGAGACUGCUAUGGAGGCCACCACCGUCCCUAACCCAUAUGAGACUGCUAUGGAGGCCACCACCGUCCCUAACCCAGCUAAUGAGAGUGCUAUGGAGGCCACCACCGUCCCUAACCCAGCUAAUGAGAGUGCUAUGGAGGCCACCACCGUCCCUAACCCAGCCUAUGAGAGUGCUAAUAUGGAGCAGCUGGUACAACGCCCACGCAGCCAUUCUCAAUCAUCACAGGGAUCCACUCAUUCCCUCACUACGCGACUCUAGCUGGUCAUAGCAUUUUAUCAUGAAUGUUUAUAUAUAACUGAUAUUCUGUGUGUGUGUGUCAAUGAUUUUAUUGUGUAAAAAAGAACUUUUAAUCACUAUAAUUAUAUAUA